AUUUAACCCGUUACGCUUCUAAAGCUGGCCAGUGGAAACAGUUCUGGUUCGAAUACUAUAUCAGACCCUACCGAAACAUGUGAGGAGAAAAGCAGGUCAUCAAAGAAGAAGGGACUGAGAAGCUUGUUUAGACAUGUUUCACACUCGAAACAUUCGAACCGCAGCCAUAAUCCUACAAGCGAGUCCAAAUCAUCAGAAGGAAUCUCCGUGACAAUCAGUUCAUCCAAUGUAAAGGAAAAACUACAAGAUGACCAAAAACCGUUGUGCAAUGUUCUGGAAACCGGUGGAUCUACGCGUAGUAGUAGUCUUUCAGGUUAUGAAACUCUACCUAUGGACUUUCAUAUGGAGACUGCUUCUCCUCACACUCCUAACAAUCCGAAGGCAGAGGAAAAUUUUGAGUCUCUUUCUGACUGCGGUGUAUUAAGAUCCCAAACAUCAGCAUGUAAUAUCUCGUUAUCGUGUUGCAGCGCAACUCCUGUAAUGACAGUAACCAAUCCAACACCUGAAACACAACACAAUAGAUCAUUUUAUAUUUCACCAUCUAAUGCAUAUAAUUACGUCCCUCAGACCGAGUUAUCGGUUCAUUACGGUUGUGAGCCAAGUGAUGAUUUACAAUCAUCACCUCAAAUUGAAUCAAUUACUAGCAUGAAUGGACAUUGUACAAAUGAAUUAGUGGGUUCGCAAUCAGUAGUAUCAGUAGCAUCCUCUUCUUCAUCAUCAUCGUCUGCUUCCGAUCUUACCAGUACUGAUGCUGCUCUUUCUAGCAGCGGUAUUGCUGCCUACUAUGAUAAUACUAACAAUCCUAUAGAUUCUGAUUUGACAGCUUGUAAAAUACAACAAUUACAACAUGAUGUAACGCAACUUGAAACUGCAAUAAAGAGUAAUUUAAAUGAACAAAAAGAAUUAAAUGAUCGAUUAUUUGAACAAUUAGCUGAAGUAUCUAAACCUGAAUUAAAUACAGAUAAAUCAUUCUCAUCUAUGGUUUCAUCAUCACCAUCCAUUGAUCAGUCGAUCUCAUUUCGUGAAGGUGAAAUUAAACGUGCUUAUAGUGAAAAGUUGAAAACAUUGAAAAAACAGUUGAAAGCAUUAAAUGAUCAAUUACAAACAACACGUUAUGUUAUUGAAAAAUUAGAAUUGUAUGGAAUUCCAUUGGGACAAUGUCCAAAAGAUUAUGUGAAACAAUUUAUUCAUGCUCGUCGUAAAUUGCAUAAACGUGGUGUAGCAACAACAACAACAACAACUCAACCUGUUCUCAAAUUGAAAACAUCUCCUCCUUCCACGUCUACAAUUUCUAACAAUCAACUUUUGCCGUGCUCUACUACUACCACUACCACUACUACUACUACUACUACUACUACUACUACUACAACUCGUGUAUCUUUACCAUCUGAUAUUUGUCGUAGUCAUGAAUUAGCGAAAACCUUACCUGCACGAAUAUCUAAUCCAAAUAUUGAAUUUUGUAGAACACCUGUCAGGCAAUCGAAUACUCUGCCGGCUAGAAGUAUUCAUGAUUGUAAAACAAUUGGUAAUUUUGAAAUGUUACAUAAUCCAGCAUAUUUUUCCACCAGUGGUCAAUAUCAUCUCAAUUAUUUCAAUACAAAACCUAUUCAAUCAUCUAGAUCAUCAUUAGCUGCACCGAUAUCAUUUAUACACGAGACAACGGAACCGAUUAUGUCAACUGGUGUCUACAUUACACCGAAUAAAUCAAUGCUUACAUCACAUCCUGCAACACCACAUCUCUAUCCUUAUUUACCUCAUAAUGAUCCUGUUUAUGAUGAUGUGCAUCAUACUACGAAAAUGGUUGCUACUACUCCAAACACUAGUGUUUUAAGCAGUGUAUUCACUGGUUUAGAAUCUUUCGGUCGUCAACUAUUUCGAGUUGGUAAACCUCGAUGUCGUAGUGAUGAAAAUAUUCGAACAAAAGUAAAUGGUAUUCCACAUGAUAGUGCUUAUCGUAAAAAAGGUUUUCUACGUCCUGUUGGCUAUUCAUUCUUUUCACCUGCUGAUAGAAAGAAGCAUAAAAAACUUGCACAAAGCCAUUUGGCUACAUCCAAUUUAUUAUAUCCUCAUGAUUCAUCUAGUGCACUCAUACCUGAGAAUGUAGCUGGUAGUAGUUCACAACCAAUUCGUACUGGUUCAUUAUCUUCGGCCAAUGGAAUUAAUCCUGUCAAUUUUGGUGGAUAUGAUGCUGGUGGUGGACGUAGUGUGAUUAGUGGUUUAAGUUGUUUAAUUGGUGGUGGUACAUCAAAGGAUGAUACAUACCCAAGUAUUGAUCCAUCUGUUGCUGUCAAUGCUAAUACUGGUGCAUUUGCAUGGUCAGAGACUGGUGAUACUACACUUACACGAAUAUUUGAAUUUCUUGGUGUAUCACCAAAUCAAGUGUUCAAUAAUCAAAAUCCAGUUGCUGUUAGUAAUAAUAAUGUACCCGGUGUUGGUUCGUCUGGUUCAUCUGCAUUAUCUGCUUCAGGAUUAGGUGUUUUGGACAAAACUAAAGCUGGAUCUAAAAGUCAUAUUAGUGGAGCUAAUGUUAUCUCAUCUGAAUCAUUUGGUACUCCACAUAGUAGUGGUAUUGUUACAGGGAGUAUAAGUGGCGGUGCUGGUGGUGUUGGUGGCCAUUCAAGCAAUUCAAUCAUGAAUAUUUCCUCACAUAAUUUAGCUCUUUCAUUUGCCUAUCUUUAUCGUCGUCAAGAAUGUCAAUUCGCUUCGUUAAGCAAUCAACAAGCACAGAUAUUUCAAGAACUUCGUGAUGAAUUAUCUGUGAUGCAUAGUGAAACACUUAGUAUUCAAUCUGCACUAAAUAAUUUAACAACAGAAUUAGAAGCUAUACGGCGUGAUGCAACAACAAAAGCCGAAUUACAAAAUCAAAAAUUAACUGAUGCCAGUUCACGUAUUGAACGAUUAGAUGCUAUAGCUGAAGAAUCUCGACAAGCUUUACCACAUGAAUUAGCAGCUAUACGUAAUGAAUUUCAUGACUCCUUAUAUUCAGUUGAAUAUCAAGUGACUACAAAAAUACGUGAUCUAAGUGAUAAUAUUACAAGUAUUAGUAAUAAGGUAAGUAUGAUUGAAAAACCUCAUGAUCAAUCCAAUACCCUUGAAUCACAUGGUACAGAAUUAGAUCGUGUUCGUCGUAAAGUUAUACACUAUUUAACGGAUUUAUUUGUGUCAUUCUUUGCACUAGUCACCAUGUUGUUGCAAGUGCUUAUACGUUGUUUAAAUUUAGGCGCUGUUCUAACGGAAAAUAGGAGACUUGCUGUUUGCUUCUCCAUGACAUUAUUAGCUAGUUGUUUACUUGUGUACACAUCAGAUCCGAUUAUUUUAUGGCUUAAAGAAGAUGACACUAUGACAAAUAGUGCAGCAGAUCCUACUACACCAGUAGUUCUACAACGAAGAUCUCAUUUUUGGCGAAAUUUACUCAUUGCUAUUUUGUCAUUUUUUCGAAGUUUUUCGCGUGGAGUAUCUUGAAGCAGUAUUAUUAUUAUUAUUAUUAUUACUAUUUUUUAAUUUGUCAAUUUAUUUAUUCACAAUGAAUUAUUCAGAAAUUUUCAAAAUUUCCUUUUCUCGCAUUCUCUUUCCUUACUUAUUUCAACAGUUUCAGUUCAUUCUGUUGUUGUUGUUGUUGUUGAAGUUGUUUGAUUGCAGCAUAUUGCGCGCUUGUAUGUGAUUAGUUGUAGGUUUUUUUUCUCUUCAAGAUUAGUGUUAUUUAUGGCUACUACCACUACUACUACUACUACUGCUACUGAUUAUCCACAUAAUGUUUACACUCUUUGCUUAAAUAGUCUACUGGAUUUCCUUCAAUCACUCAUACAUAUUUAUGUAUAAAAUAAAUUUAUCAUGACAUAUGUUCUAUGCAUAAAUGCUUUUUUCUUUUGUGAAAGCUUAUAAAAUUCCAUUUUUAAACCAUCACAUUAUUAUUAUUGUUGUUCAAAUAGAAUUUUAUCAAGUAAUCACUGAUUAUCACCAUGAUUAUUAUUCAAUAUUAUUCUAAUAUAUAAUCUUCAUUUUACAAUUCUUUUUAUUAAUUUAAUUACUCUUGUAUGAUUGAUUGAUUGAUUAGUCGGGAUUUUUCACUUUCAGUCUACUCUUUUUUUCCUUUCUUGUGUUCAUCUACAAGUUCUCUUUCCCCUUCUAUUUAUAUAUAUAAUCACGAACAUUGUGUCCUCCAGUAUUCUGUUUUUUUCCCGGUUUUUUGUCUAUGUAAU